AGCAGCGCGAUAUGGACCAAAUUAAACCAGAUUACUGUGUAAUCAGGAGAUAGACCCCGAAAUUUUGGCCGUCGGAGCAGCGAUGGUGUCAUGCCGCUGCCCAAAGCCGACGCUUUCCAUCGAUCUGAUCUUGAUGCUAUUAUCCAUAUCCAUGUUCUCAACAUGACACCAUUGCUCCCUCUAGUCUCUAUCUAUCUAUACCCCUCCUCCACCAUUUUACCCACUCCGCGUCGUGGUCUUCGCCUUGGCUUUGAUGCUGGGCCGUCCGUGUGGCGGUGCACCACCGCGAGAUUCUCUCCACUAUCCACCGACGUCAUCGGACGGGGCGCUGCAGCUCCAAGACGUUCCUGGCGACCCUUGCUGCCUGUCCAGAAUCUUCCCCCGAAGCAAGGAUCCUGUCUAGACCUACGGAGUAGAUACCUACAUAGUAUCGGCCUACUCCGGAGCCUGGUCGACUUUUCAAGUCCAUCCACCCCUCCCGGGAGUGACGGUCCAAUACGGGGGAUAUUUCCAGGCAGCAGGAUUGGCGCGCCGUGGCUGCCCCGUUUAUCUUCUUGUGCGCUGGACUACCUAGCAGAAGCAACCUGAAUCUAAAUUGAAACCUAAACACCAUCGUAUCAUCUUGAAGUGAAUGUAUCAUUC